AUGCCAGCCCGUACCCCCAGCGAGCAGGAGAAGGCUCAGAAUGUGCCUUAUCCAACCACUUGGAGUCCAUCAGACGACUACAGUCUCCCACAGCAAUGGCACUCUCAGAGAAAAAGAUUGCGAAUAGCAUGUAUUGGGGCAGGUGCAUCAGGCAUUGCCCUUGCCUAUAAAAUGGAGAGACAGAUGCAACCGGGAACCUGGGACUUGACACUCUACGAGAAAAACGACGACUUCGGAGGGACUUGGUACGAGAACAAGUACCCAGGAUGCGCCUGCGACAUUCCUGCGCAUAUCUAUACCUAUAGCUGGGACCAAAAUCCGGAAUGGGAUUCUUAUUUCGCAUAUGCCGGCCCAAUCUUGCAGUAUUUCAGAACUUUCGUCGAGAAGCACAACCUUAAAGGUUACAUGGCGUUAAAUAGCGAAGUCAAGUCUGCAACUUGGAACGCAAAAGACGGCACUUAUACUAUCCGAGUUCGAAAUCCGGAGACAGGGGAAGAACGAACAGAGUGGGCGCAUGCCCUGGUAAAUGCGACUGGGAACUUGAACAAAUGGAAGCGGCCCAAGAUCGAAGGUCUUCAUGCAUUCCAAGGGCCACUCAUGCAUUCAGCCCGAUGGGACGAAUCUGUCGACUUCUCUAACAAGGUCGUAGGCAUUAUCGGCACCGGCUCCACAGCAAUACAAAUUGUCCCGGUCCUGCAAAAAGUGGCGAAGCAGCUCAAGCUUAUCAUGCGAUCACCCACGUGGAUCAGUCCUCCAUUCGCGAACAGUGUUCUGAAGGACGUCAAACAUGGAGAUAGCGACAAGGCCCACCGACAAUACUACUUCUCCGAAGAAGAGAAAGCUAACUUCAAGCACGAUCCUGACUCUUUACUUUUCCUGCGGCGCCGAAUUGAGUCGGAGAUCAACCUUGGUUUCGAAUUGUACACCCGAGGAUCUAAACUUCAAGAAGAAGCACUGCAGAAUAUGCGAGAAGAGAUGAUUCGACGCAUUGGACCUGGCCAUGAGUCACUGAAAGAGCGACUGAUACCAAAAUGGCUGCCGGGGUGUCGCCGACUGACGCCUGGGGAUGGAUAUCUGGAAGCUUUGACGCAGCCAAAUGUCGAAUGCAUCUUCCAAGGAUGCUCACAUAUAACGUCGGAUGCCAUUGUGGACGAUUCCGGCGUGAGCCACAAAAUCGACAUCCUGGUGUGUGCGACUGGGUUUGACGUCCCGUAUAAGCCAGCAUUCGCUCUUAUCAACGACCGAGGUGAAAAUGCUCAGGAACUGUGGUCUGUUCAGCCAAAUCUGUAUAUGGGUCUUUUUGCACCCGAGUUCCCUAAUUACUUCAUGUGCAUUGGCCCUGGAGGCACAUACUCGAAUGGUUCCAUUCUACCAUCACUUGAAACGGCAUGCGAACACUUCAUCAAAUGCUUCAUCAAAAUGCAGAAACACGGCAUCAAGUCUAUGACGGUGAAACAGGAAGCCUGCGAUGACUAUCUGUACCACAUGGACCUAUUUCACAGUAACGGAAAGACAGCUUGGACCGAUUCUUGCAACUCAUGGUUCAAGAACAAUGGGAAAGUGUGGGUCUGGCCAGGACCAACGAUUCACUAUAUCAAAGUCCUGAAUGAAGACCCUCGAUGGGAAGAUUUCGAGUAUACUUACUGGGCCGGUCGCCGCCGAUUUGCCUAUCUCGGUGAUGGAACUGUCAGAGCCCAGCAUCAAGAGCCUAAAGACACCUUCGCAUUGGCACCUUACAUCAGAACUGCUGACACCCCUUGGAGUGUCGACGAUUAA